AUGAUUUUCACUGCGUUUGUUACCCUUGCUUUUGGCGUUAGCUCGGCUCUCGCUGUGCCUUUCGGCAAUCGCACACUGUUCUGUGCGUCUACUCCUAGCGCAGAGGAGGUUGCUGCUGCCGAGGCGCACUUUGCUUCCCACAAGGUGUCCGCUAAGCUUGGCGCUAAUGCCAAGUUCGCAGCGACCAUUCCUGUGUAUUGGCACGUCCUCCAGUCUGGAACAUCCUUGAGCCAAGGAAACAUUCCUGAGAAGCAAAUUACCGAUUCCAUCGACGUACUCAACGCCGGCUAUGCUGGCACUGGGCUCACCUUCACUUUGGCAGGAACCGACCGUACUACCAAUGCUAACUGGUUCCAACGAGCGGCCCCGAGCACCUCUUACCAAACUGCGAUGAAGCAGUCAUUGCGAAAGGGUGGUGCAAAUGCCCUGAAUGUCUACACGGUCGGCUUCACCAACGUCGCCUCGAGCUACCAAGGUCUCCUGGGAUAUGCUACUUUCCCAUCAUCCUACUCCGGUGCACCGAGCGACGACGGUGUCGUGAUCCGGUACUCGAGUGUGCCCGGAGGUACCGCUGAGCCGUACAACUUGGGUCAAACUCUGACCCACGAGGUUGGACACUGGGUUGGUUUGUACCAUACUUUCCAGGGCGGUUGCGCUGCGCCUGGCGACUACGUUGAUGAUACCCCUCCUCAAUCCGAUGGUCCCAAUGGCCCUACCUCUGGCUGCCCUGCAGGCAAAGAUACCUGCCCAGGCGGAGGACUUGAUCCCAUCCACAACUUCAUGGACUACAGCGAUGACUACUGCUUGACUGAGUUCACCCCUGGCCAGACUUGCGGGUGGAUCGGAGCGGAUUCGAACCAAUCCUCUUUUACAUAUCCACCACAUUCACUGCGCGUCAUGUACGAACCUACGAGAGGAGGGACUCGAGGCGGGCAAGCCGAGUUCAAAUGGUCAGAUGUAUCAGCUGACAAGGACCGUGAGAAUUACCUUGGACAUUCGAUUAAUGCACCGACUGGGAGAUGGCAGAAAAACAAAGACGUCCAUUGGUAUAAUCGAGAUGCAAAGAGCACAAGCGAGGAAAGGGCCGAGGAGAUUAGAAAAAUAAAAGAAGCAGAGGCCGAGGCUAUGGCUGUUGCUUUGGGAUUCAAACCGGCGCCAAAGCCUGGGGAUAGCACUACCAGUGGCCCUGCCACUGGAGCUAAUGCGGCCCCAGUCACGGGGGCUAACGCCACGCCAUCUGGGACAGAAGGAGUCGGGAAGGAGCCAUCAGACAAAGAAAAAAUAAUUGAAGCAGAAAUCGAAAAGACCCGAAAAGCGUUGGAGAAGCAGGAGAAGCGAGAAAAGAAGGAGCAGCGCAGGGCAGAAAAGGAGCAAAGGAGGGCGGCUAAGAAAGAAGAGAAGGAGAAAGCGCGAGGAAGAGAUAGGUCCAGAAGUAAGGAAAGGCCUCGUAGGGAUCGAAGCAAUGAGAGAAGGGAUCAGAGUCUCGAACAACGGGAAAGGAGCAGAGAUCUGCGACCAGACAGGCGCGAGGAUAGGUAUCGGGAUCGAGACACGGAAUACAGACAUUCUCGUCGGCGAUCGGCAUCUCCCUCGACCCAAGAUCGUCUCCAUGACCGGGAAGGUCAUCCACAGCGACGAAGCCGUUCCCCUCACCGUCGACGACACCAUGGUGAUGAUCGCCGCGAUUGA